CAGGAGAUCUCGCUCCCAUAAUAAUAUCUCCCCCUCCAUUUCUCGUUGCUUUCAGGACCGAUCGAUCGAACGGCUACGUUCGGGCUGGUCAGUUGCUGGGCCUUCUAUUUCUCUACUUCCCGCAUUUCCUUACAUCGCGACCCUUCUCUCCCUCGUCGCCCGGUCGCGGCCCCCGCCUAAAACCCCGCCGUAUCAGAUUUCGAUUGUGGGCGGACUCGGAAGCCAUCAGCGAUUAUCAUGGCGCGCGUUUACGCCGAUGUCAACGAGCACAUGCCUCGGUCCUACUGGGACUAUGAUAGUGUCAAUAUUUCCUGGGGGGUGCUGGAGAACUACGAAAUUGUUCGCAAGAUAGGCCGAGGAAAAUACUCCGAGGUAUUCGAGGGCAUCAAUGUUGUCAACUAUCAGAAGUGUGUCAUCAAGGUUCUCAAGCCCGUCAAGAAGAAGAAGAUCAAGCGAGAGAUCAAGAUUCUUCAGAACCUCGCUGGAGGCCCCAACGUCGUAGCGUUGCUGGAUGUAGUGCGCGAUAACCAGAGCAAGACUCCUAGUCUGGUCUUUGAAGCCGUCAACAACACCGAUUUCCGGACACUGUACCCCCGCUUUACGGAUUAUGACGUGCGCUUCUACGUUAAUGAGCUGCUCAAAGCACUUGAUUUCUGCCACAGCAAGGGUAUCAUGCACCGAGAUGUGAAGCCUCACAAUGUCAUGAUUGACCACGAGAAGCGCAAGCUGCGUUUGAUUGAUUGGGGUUUGGCAGAGUUCUACCACAAGGGCACUGAGUACAAUGUCCGUGUGGCCUCCCGGUAUUUCAAGGGCCCUGAGCUGCUGGUCGACUUCCAAGAGUACGACUACUCUCUGGACAUGUGGUCACUCGGUGCGAUGUUUGCCUCGAUGAUCUUCCGCAAGGAGCCUUUCUUCCACGGCAACAGCAACUCGGACCAAUUGGUGAAGAUUGCCAAGGUUCUUGGAACCGAGGAGCUCUUUGAGUACUUGGACAAGUACGAUAUCGAGCUUGACCCUCAGUACGACGAGAUCCUCUCGCGUUUCCCCCGGAAGCCCUGGCACUCGUUUGUCACCGCUGAAAACCAGCGUUUCGUCAGCGACGAGGCCAUCGACUUCCUCGAUAAGCUCCUGCGCUAUGAUCAUGCGGAACGCCUGACUGCCCAAGAAGCUAUGGCACACCCGUACUUCGAGCCCGUCCGCGCCGCUGCCCGCAACAAUGCAUCCCAAUCCUGAACUUCUUCGGUGCUAUGAUGAUGGCCUACUUAUGCACUCCCUCCUGUUUUCCUAUUUCCCUCACUCCAUAUCGCCGUUACGCUGCCAUCAGAAUAAGCACCCUGACCUUAUGGACCUCUCCUUUUAUCUGAGUUUGAACCAUACCGCUACGUCGGUGCACGAUCGAGAAAAGGAAAGGAGAACGAUGACGCAGUCACCUGGCUAUGUCUUUCGCUAGGCCUUUCCCCCCUCCCAAGUGAAGAGUGGCUGCAAUGGGUGACCAAACUCCCGAAUGGAGACGACGUUGAUGACAAGACAUGACCUCUAAUCUUCUUGGGCCCAUCAAGCCUACAUAGCCUCGGUUCUACUGGCGUAUUAGUGAGCGCAAUAAAUCAGUUGACGUCUUAGAGCGGGAAUGGCUUCUCUUCAUACUGCCUUAUUGUAUAGCGCAUUUCCUUGUCCCCAUUUCUCUUCUUUCCCUCGCCGUUGGUCCGGUGUUUUGGUUUCAUUCAUGCUGUUUAAUCAUUCCCUCGUAUUUAACCCUUGAUUUUGCACCUGCAAUCCGUUUUUCCCUUAAUGCACAGUUCUCCUGGAGUGAUGGGGUUGGGAGGUAUCUAUGUUGCUGACCGCGUUCACGAGGGAUUUGAAGAGAUAAAUGCAUUUCCACUUUCGAAACCA